AUGGACUUUGAAGCAUACAUUGACGACUUUUCCUUCAUUGGCAAUGGCUCUGAGGGAUCUGUAUAUCGCAUCGAUGAAGACAAUGCUAUUAAAAUAUUAAAAAAACCAGACCAAAUAACACUCGAAACUCAAAAAACAAUAUAUGACGAACUUUCAAAGGAAGAAAUCUGCUAUAUCAUUCCAUCAUAUGAUGUCUUGUACAUAAACGAUUCAUUCGGCUUAACAAUGAAGUUUUUCCCUUACAAUCUCGAAACAUUAAUUAACGAAGGAAUUUCUAUUAGAGAUGCUUUGCACAUCGCAAAACAUAUACUCUGCGGGUUGUAUCAGCUUUACAGUCAUGGUUACAUUUGGUUGGAUUGCAACCCAAGAAACAUUCUCAUGGGCGAUAAUAUGAUUCCUCAAUUUACAGAUAUUGGCAAUGCUUCUAAAGUUGACAAUUCAAACGAACUCCAAGAUAUUGAUAAAAACAAAACAAUAUGCACUCCACUUUACGCUGCACCAGAAGUAAUACUUUACUAUAAAGCUUCUUACAAGUCUGAUAUCUUCUCAUGGGGCGUAUUGCUUUACCAAUUGUUGACUCAGAAAUAUGCUUUACUUAGUGAAGAAUUCUAUGAUAGCGAAUCAAAUGACUAUAUCACUGAAUACUUAAAAUUCCAGGUUAACGUUGAUUGCGCUGAAUUUCAAUGUCUUGAUGAAUUGACCAAGAGCGUCAUCCUUGGAUGCCUUUCUAUGAAUCCUUAUGAAAGGAUGUCCUUCAGUGACGUAUUUGGUAGCGGAAUAUUUGAAAAAUACAUUUAA